CUUUUUUCAGUUCUCCCCCACCAGGCAACCACCAUGGCAGACAGGGUUUACCCUUCAACAAAACAAGCCACCAAUGGCACCGCCACCGCAACCAACACUUCGUUUCCUGCCACUAAAGCUCAACUCUACGGAGCUUCCCGCCCUCUCUACCGUCCACAACCGAAUCGCCACCGCCGCUCCUGCUGUUGUUCUUGUUGCCUUUGGACCACCAUAGCUAUCCUCAUCCUCCUAGCCGCCAUAGCCGGUGCUAUCCUAUACGUCCUUUACCGCCCCCACCGCCCCACUUUCGCAGUUUCCUCCCUCAAAGUCUCAACCCUUAAUAUAACCUCAGCCUCCAAGCUGAUCACCAACAUCAACCUCAACGUCGAAGCCAAAAAUCCUAACAAAAAACUCGUCUACAGUUACGACCCAACCACCAUAUCUAUUACCACAAGUGAAGACAUCGAUAUCGGGGAUGGUUCUUUCGGUUCCUUCGUGCAUGGGACUAAAAACACGACCCUUUUGAAAGCAGCCAUAACCAGUAGCAACCAAGAACUCGAUGACACGUCGGCUGGCAAGUUAAAGACCGCUUUGAAGACAAAGAACGGGCUGCCAUUGAAGAUUAAGCUCGAAACUAAAGUGAAAGCGAAGAUGGGAGCAUUGAAGACACCAAAGCUUAAGAUUAUGGUGACUUGUGAAGGGGUUAAAGUUACUGUUCCGAAGGGGAAAUCGGCAACCACGGCUUCAACUUCCAAUGCAAAGUGUAAGGUUGAUUUGAAGCUCAAGAUCUGGAAAUGGACGUUCUGAUCGAUGUGAAUUUGAGAAAGAUGAAGAAAAAGGGUUGAUGUUUAUUUUAGUUUAGUUUUUAUCUUUGCUAUUUAC